AUGAACCAAGCCACUGAAAAUAAUAUUGACAACAAUGACGAUAGUGAUACCAGUGAAGACGUUUUACAUUCUGAAAAUUGUUCAUCACGAUCAUCUACAUCUGCGACAGGUAAUAAACCACAACGCAACGAGUCUGCGACGAAAACUACGAAAACUACUAGUAAAUCAAACGAUAAAAUGUCAACUCCAACUCCGCAAAAGAGAAAAAUUUCAGAAGUGGCAUCUUUGGUUACGAAAAUAAAGUCGAUAAAGAAUAAUUUAAAUAGUACACCUACGGGUGAGCAUUCUACACCACACGAAAAUGAACAUGAUAUUUUUGGAACUUUUGUGAGUAGCCUACUGAAAAUGCACUACUUAUCUACUGCACGAGCUAUUGUGACUCGGGACAAAAUCAAUGCUAUCUUAUCUCAGGAUAUUGUUAACAAAACCGUUAAAAAAGCUUCAGCGAAUUAUACGAAUCCUGAGGAAAACGAAAAGUUUUAUGAGGGCGACAUCUUAAUACCUGAGAGUUCAUUGCGAAACGGCAUAGUUGGAGAGACAUUUAGAUGGGAUAAAGGAAUUAUUCCGUAUGUAAUAGCUGCAAAUUUUACUGCUGAACAAAUAAAAAUUAUUCAUCGAGCAUUCGCCACAUUCCAUGAAUACACAUGUCUAAAGUUCAUACCGAGAAAUCCUAACGAUCAAUAUUAUAUCAAUAUUACUGAUGAGUUUAAAUCGUACUGUUUUUCCUUCAUAGGAAGGCAAUUGAACAGAAUACAAACCGUAAAUCUUGGAAAUCGAUGUUUUAAAAAAUUGGGAACCACGAUACACGAGUUAAUGCAUGCAGCUGGUUUUUGGCAUGAACAAAGCAGAACUGACAGAGAUAAAUUUGUUAACGUUCUUAGAAGGAAUAUUAAAAAAGGCAAGUAUCCAAGUUUAAUAUCGUUUCUACCCGGAACCUCAUAA